AUGGGCAUGGUUGCAAAGUCCACGUUCUACCGUAUUCAAGCUGAAUACUGUCAUGAUGUCAUUGAGAGCUUCUGGGAAGAGAAACGGUCAGCGGUUAUAGCUGAGGUCCAUGACAGAAGUGUUGUUGCUCUAGGCGAUGGAAGAAUGGACAGCCCAGGAUUUUCAGCCCAGUACUGUACUUACACCUUGAUGGACAAUGAGACGAAGAAAAUUAUGUCCAUCAAAACUGAAGAUAAAAGACUAUGUGGAAAUGGCAUAUUCAAAGACAGUGGUGUGGAACACACAUACGAUAUGUGGCACGGAGCAAAAAACUUGGGCAAAAAGAUACAUGCAGCUGGCCAGCAAAAGGGAUGUUCCAUAUUACUACAGUGGAACAAAGAUAUUUGCAAUCAUUUCUGGUUCUGCUGCAAUAAAGCAAACACGUAUGAGGAGUUUUUUAACAUGUGGAUGGGCUUGCUGCAUCAUGUCACUGGGGAACAUGUGUGGCCUCUAGAUGCAUGCCAACAUGACCCACUGGAAAGUGAACGUGAGAAAGAGUGGCUUGUCAAAGGUUCAACGGCGCACAACGUUCUAAGUGAGAUCAUUCUGAAAGAACGUUGGUUAAAAGAAGUACCAAAGUAUCUGAAGUUCAGAUCAACCGCACGCCUGGAAGCAUUCCACAGCCACCUUCUUAUGUAUGCCAGCAAAAGAUUUAGUUACGACCCGCCCAUCAUGGACAUGAGAAUGCAACUUGCUGCCCUUGAUUACAAUCACCAUGUACAUAGACCUGCUAAAAGGAAUGCAGAUGGAGCCAUACAAUACAGAAAAGUAUUCAAUAAAAAGUCUAGGUGCUGGAGGAUUUAUGCAAUCAAAGUUGAGAAGGACUAUGCAUAUAUCCCGGAACUCCAGACAAUGGUCGUUACAGCACGAGUGAACAGCCAAAAAGGACUCCCACGUCAAAGAAAAUACAGAGCCAUGGACCCAAGGAGAUUGGGUUUGCUGUCAACUAUCCCUGCCCCAACAACACAGGAGUUACUAGAACACCAGCGCACCCGAGGAGAUGGUCAACGAUUGCCUCAGAAAUAA